AUGCUGCAGUUUCUGCUUCCUCUGCGCUCUUCGCCGCUAUCAUUCGCUUUGGACUGCAUGGAAGGAAAGGAUGUUGGUGUAGAAUGCGAUCAACCGCCACAACGGAUGUUCUACUAUGACAGUCGAUACAAAGUCUGCCAACCGUUCCAAUACCGAGGAUGCGGCGGAAAUUCGAAUCGGUUUGCCACAUCCCAGGAGUGCAAGGAUGCGUGCCCUGGAGGAGCCAAGGGGACCAAGAGCAAUGACGCCCCGGCAGGGGCAGCUCUGGCUGGAAGUGAUGCAGUGUUCGUGCCGAGAGGAACAUCUCACGAUCAAUGGAUGAAA